AUGGCUUUCUCCCAAGUGCAGUGCCUGGACGACAGCCACGUCAACUGGAGGUCCAGCGAGUCCAAGCCUGAGUUCUUCUAUAGCGAGGAGCAGCGCCUGGCCUUGGAGGCGCUGGCCUCGCACGGGCCUGAUGCUUUCUAUGAGGUCCUGAAGAAGGAGAACAUCAGGGACUUCCUCUCCGAGCUGGAGCUAAAGAAGAUCCUGGAUACGCUGGAGACGUACGACCCCGGCUCCGAGUACAUCCCGCGCCACGGCAGCAGCACGGGGGAGAGCGACGGCGACCACAACAGCCAAGGGGACGAGCAGGACAUGGCCCCAUCCCUGGAAUACUGGCCCCAGAGGUCCGACCGCUCCAUCCCACAGCUGGACCUCGGCUGGCCCGAGACCAUCGCCUACCGCGGUGUCACCCGUGCCACUGUCUACAUGCAGCCGCCCAUCGAGGGGCAAGCGCACAUCAAGGAGGUGGUGAGGAAGAUGAUCUGCCAGGCUCAAAAGGUCAUCGCGGUGGUCAUGGACAUGUUCACUGAUGUAGACAUCUUCAAGGACCUCCUGGAUGCGGGGUUCAAGAGGAAAGUGGGGGUUUACAUCAUCCUGGAUGAGACCAACGUGAAGCACUUCCUUCAGAUGUGCGAGCGAGCCCAGAUGCACGCUGGACACUUGAAGAACCUGCGAGUCCGGAGCACAGGGGGAACAGAGUUCUUCACGCGUUCGGCCACCAAGUUUAAAGGGGCUUUGGCCCAGAAGUUCAUGUUUGUGGAUGGAGAUCGGGCCAUGUGCGGAUCCUACAGCUUCACCUGGUCUGCGGCCAGGACAGACCGAAACGUCAUCACGGUCCUCUCAGGCCAAGUGGUGGAGGCGUUCGACAAGCAGUUCCAGGAGCUCUACCUCAUGUCCAAAGGGGUGAGCCUCAAAUCCAUCUCCAUGGGUGAAGAGCCUGAACCUGAGCCCGUAACGCUGCCCUCCGUAGUGCCGGUGACCCCGGCCAACGCUGUGGUGAAGAAGCUGAUCAACCCUAAAUAUGCCCUGGUGAAGGCCAAGAGCGCUGACCAGAUCAGCAAGACUUCAUCGGAGACCCAGGACAAGACCCAGAAGGUGGACACCAAAGGCAAAGCCCUGCCUGAGGGCCAGGGGGGUGACAGGCAUGGAGAUGUGGCCGACCUCUCCCUGCUCAUCCACCCUGGCCUCCUGAACCUGGAGAAAGCCAACAUGUUUGACUACCUGCCCACCUGGGUUGAGCCCGACCCCGAGCCUGGCAGCGAAGUCUUGGGCUACAUCAACAUCAUUGACCCCAAGAUAAAGAACGUGAAGCUCUCGCAGAUGAACCGCAUCAAAGUGUGUGAUGUGUCCCAGGCCAGCGCUCAGCACCGCCAGAUGCUGAAGAACAGGGAGAUGGAGGCCAAGAAGAACUCGGACCAAGAGCAACUCCUGAUGUCCCCCUGCCAAAGACAGACCCCGCAGAUCCCCAUGGAAGCUCCUGCAGCCACCACAACCAGCCCCAUCGAACCUACCAGCUGGGCAAUGAAGCAGACGGGCUCGUUUGCCACUUCGCCAUUGGGUUACCACUUGAAGGCACCAGAGGAGACACUGGAGGACAUUAAACCUCCGGUUCCAAAGCCAAGGACCACCCCUGUUGGCAUCCUCAUGACCAAAGUCACCACAGCCUGUGACAGUAGCACUGCCCUGGAGGGUGACACACAGCCACCACUGACCGACCAUGUGGCUGCAAAGCAGGAGCAGGCGGAGAACACCAACGGAGCCUCGAUGGAGAGCUGCCAUCUCCAGCCAGACCGGUCAAUGGCAGGGCCACAGGAAGACAAAGGACCUCCCUGUGCCCACAAUGGGCUGGGAGAGGAGGAGGAGGAGGAGGAAGAGGAGUACAUCACCCUCAGUGACCAGGAGAGCUACUCCAGCAGCUCUGCUGACCACAGCUACCGCCGCUCCAAUGCCUCCUCCAUCUCAGAUGAGUACUUCGAGGUGCGGGACCGCUAUGGACCGCUCCGGAGAACCAACUCGGACGUCACCCACAACGGGGAGAUCCUUCCCAUACAGAGGAAGCUCAGUGACCCUCACAUCAGCCGAGGCACCUUCCUCAGCCCCCUGGGGAGCCUCCCAUCCCUAAAGCACAUCCGCAUGGAGGAUGCCAACAAGAGGAGGAGCAACGCGGUGGAGAUCAGGUGUGUGCUGCCCCGCACCAUCCUGGAUGGCAACAGCUCCUACCCCAGCGGUGCCACGCAGGGCACUCACAUCUACCGCUACAGACCCAGGAACCCUGCGGGCAGAGAACAAGGCAAGGGGCUCUCCUGCUCCCCAACACAUGAGAAACCCCCUGGGGCCACCAAAUACAGAGGGGACGGAGCCGAACCCAAAAAGACCAUUGCAGGCAGCCAGCCCUAUUGGCAGAGCAAAGCCUUCAGCCCCAGCAAGCAGCCCGGCCACGUCUCAGCCAGCAAUCCCAGGACAUCAAGCAAGUGCUUAAGCUCCCUGCCGGAAAGCCAGAAGACAACGGAGGAGAUGAGGACACCCCUGGGCAUCCCGCUUUCCAAACUGUCCCAAUCCAAGCACCUCAAGAGCAGGGUUGCAGGAGCCCCAGGUGCUUCUAUUGACUCCAAAAAGAAGCCUCCUGAGCCCAGCAGCCAGAAGGAGCACUAGGUAAAGGUGGACUUCCAUGGUGAGAGCGGUAGGAGAGCGUGCCUGGACCCCAGGCAAUGCUGUGUUACAUGGGGCAGGGGAAUCUCGUUUACAUUUACCUGGUCGGUGCACCAGUACCACGCGGCUGUGAUAGCCCAAAAGCCAUCCCGGUCCAGGGCAGGUCUCCAGAGACUGGAUCUCGGAAGAGAUGCAUGGCAUCGGCUCUGGGCAGGUGGCAGGUCGUGUUGGGAAUGAUCUUGGAUGGCACAGCUUUUAGAUAGGCCUCUUCCAGGCUGGGGUAACCUCCGAUCUCACUUGAGAGCUGGAAAGCAUCGUUGGGUUGGAGGCCAGCAAAGCCCAGCGGCCUGGGAUCGGCUGGCAAAGCUCACCCCAAUCCUUUGACUCAGAGGUGCUGCCCAAAGAGGGCUCCUUCAUGGUCGUGUUUGCUUGUAGUUGUUUAAGAGACUCUUCUAUCACCGUUUUGCACAGCAGGUCCCGUGACAGCCCAGCUUCAGGGGGUGACCUGUGUCCUGGGACAAAGGGACCCACCUCUUUUGACCUCGUACUGUAAAAGGAACUUGUCCAUUAAAGCUCCCCGGUCCCAGAGCAGGGGAAGCUCACCUAGGACUGUUAAAUGCAAGAUUAGGCAGCCUUUGACUUGAUGUGCUACAGCUCAAGGUGCUCAAAUGGCUUCUACCCCUCUGAGUGUUUCCCCAGCACCCCCCAUGCAGCUCCAGCCCCAAACCUCAGCAACCAGUGAAAAAAAGAACAAAAAAAGAACAAAAAAAAAAAGCCAUCUUCACUGCUUUCUUUCCUAUCAAAUGGAACCCAAGGUCUGGGUCUUGGCCUGAGCCCCGCUGAAGAGUACGUGCCAUGGACAAGCCUUAGCAAGCAGCCUCCAAGCCCUUUGGCAGCUGCCUUGGUGCUCCUCCUUGCUGCUCCAUAGCCAGCAGCCCCAGGCUCUGCCCUGGCCCCCCACCAUCUCCCUGUUCCUGGGGGGCUGAAUGCUCCUUGCAGCUCUUCCAAUACCUCCAACAGAAGAAUUCCAGACCCAGAGGCAUCGCUUUUUGGAUGAGGGAGGGAUGGGAGGCACCGGCCCCCAAUGCUGUGGCCACCCAUGCAGCAGUGUGGGGAUAAGCAGGGAGGUGUUGGCACCCCCACACCCACAGCAGCUGGUGCUCAGGGUAAGAAACAGGAGACUCUGGGGACUCAAAACAAGACCUGUGAGCAUCCCUUGGUGGAUUUGUCCCCAUCUGGUCCAGCUGUCGCAUCCUGCAUCCCUUCCACCCCCUGCCCAUGGGACCCUCAGCUCAGCCCCCUCCAGCAUGGGAACAUGGUCCUGGGAAGUCACCUUCCUGCAGGACCAUCCCCACAAGUGCUGCUGUCUUUAGGCCGAGAGAAACCCCUCAGGCAUCAGGUGCUGGAUGCUGGGGUCACCCUCAA